AUGGAUCAGCAAUUAUUGGUACGUGAGCUCCUGCGCUCCAGAGCCCACGAUCUUCAACAGCUUCAAGACAAGGUGCACACAAUCACGGAGGCGCUAAAUGACCUGAUGUUCGCUCGCGAGGAGCUCGAAGAGAUGCUUGUACGAGAAACAGAGGCAAUCAACGAGCUGACUGUAAGCGUCGGAGAGACCCCUGGGCGAAGUGAAUACACUCCAUCUUAUGGAGUUCUGCUGGGGCAAGUGGUCAGGCUACUACGGCGUGAUCCUUCAGCGCAGUGA